UACGCUGUUCGAUCGCGUUUCCAUCAUUCUCGGUUGCCAUCGCAAGACGUCAUCAACAUCAUGUACCCGUACUAUGAGACCGACUGGAGCAUUUUACCGCCGGAGCACAAUCGAAGAUACAGUCCUGGCCUGACCAUCAACAAUAUCAAACAGGUGAUCAACGAAACAAUCGAAACCAACAUCUUACGCAAACCCGCCCCUACACGCUUGCGAGAGCUGAUUCGACAGAUCCGUGCCUGUCGAACAGCGGCCGAGGAGCGGGCGGUGGUCAACACAGAAUGUGCCUACAUCCGAAGUACCUUCCGCGAGACGGACUGCAUCUGGAAGUGUCGCAAUAUGGCGAAGCUGCUGUACAUCCACAUGCUUGGCUAUCCGGCACAUUUCGGACAGGUGGAAUGCCUCAAGCUGGCCGCAAGCUCUAAAUACACUGACAAGCGGAUAGGUUACCUGGGCGCGAUGCUGCUGUUGGACGAGCGAACCGACGUGCACGUGCUGCUUACGAAUUGCCUUAAAAACGAUCUCAACAGUCCCACCCAAUUUGUCGUAGGUACUGCACUUUGCACACUGGCCGCCAUUGCAUCGCCCGAGAUGGCUCGGGAUCUGUGCAACGAUGUUGAACGUCUGAUCGUGUCUACUAAUGCGUUCCUGCGCAAAAAAGCGAUCCUAUGUGCCUUUCGCUUUGUACGACGCGUCCCGGAACUGAUGGAAGAUUAUCUGCCCAAGUGUGAAGUAUUCCUGGCGGACAAAAACCACGGAAUCCUGAUCGCUACCAUCACGCUUAUCACCGAGAUGUGCGAACAGAGUGUGGCCGUGCUGCGGUAUUUUAAAUCCAUCAUACCUACCCUGGUGCGCAUGCUCAAAUCGCUCACGGUGACCGGCUACUCGCCCGAGCAUCUAGUAAGCGGUGUAAGCGAUCCGUUUCUGCAAGUUAAGAUUCUUCGUCUGUUGCGUGUACUCGGUCACGGGGAUCCAGCGCAAUCGGAAAUUAUGAACGACGUUCUAGCGCAGGUCGCCACCAGUACGGAAACGAGCAAAAAUGCAGGCAAUGCCAUCCUGUACGAAACGGUACUCACCAUUAUGAACGUCGAAUCGGAAAACAGUUUGCGUGUGCUGGCAGUUAACAUACUCGGACGUUUUCUGCUAAAUAACGACAAAAACAUACGCUUCAUCGGGCUGCUAACGCUGGUUAAGACCGUGCAUAAGGACAUGACGGCGGUACAGCGCCAUCGCAUAACGAUCCUCGAGUGCCUUUCGGAUGGUGAUCCAUCGAUACAGCGAUGUGCCAUGGAACUGUCUUUCACCCUCAUCAACACACAGAACAUCGAGAUGGUUGUGCGGGAGCUGUUGCGCUACCUCGAAUCAACCGACGCCGAAAUGAAAGCGCUCUGUAGCAGUAAGAUCGUACUAGCGGCCGAAACGUACUCGCCCUCGAUUCGUUGGCAUCUCGAUGUGCUCUUAAGAAUUCUCACAAUUGCCGGAAACAACAUCAGAGACGAUGUGAUUUCAUCGACUAUCCAGCUCAUCUCGAACAGCCCACAGCACGAGCAGCGUUUCAUUACCGACAAAAUGUGGGAAGCCAUCAUGAACAUGAACCAGCUCGAGAACCGACAACCGUUGGUGCAAGUGGCCGUAUGGACGAUUGGCGAGUACGGUGAAGCCGGUGGAUUUGAUGAGUUCGAGCUAAUUGAACACUAUCGGCAACUGUUGUGGGCACCGCAGCUUUCAAUCACCACCAAACAGUACAUCCUGGUGUCGUUGGCAAAGAUAAGCGUUCGAAUAAAUGGCUGUACACCCGAAAUUCAAAACAUCAUCAACUCCUUCAGGGUGCACAUGAACAUCGAUCUGCAACAGCGAGCAAACGAAUUUUCGCAACUAUUUACCAACUAUAAACAUCUCCGAAACUCGUUGCUGGAAAAAAUGCCAAAACUAAAGCUAACGGAGCUGACCACUUCGGAGUACAAUGCUGACUUUGCAGCCCCACAGUCAACGGAAGUUGAAGAGCAACAGGAAGAACCGGCAGCUGUACAGGAACCAUCGAACCAAGAUAUAUUGCUGGAUUUACUGGGAGAUUGUUUCAGCAGCGAUGGUAACGGUAAUAACGCACUCGCCGUCGUUCCUGUUCCACAAUCGGCUGCUGUCACGACGCAACCGUACUAUCCUCCAACGACAAGCUUUAAUCAAGCCGGGUUGUCCUCAUACAACAAUAACGUGCCGAUGGCAAUGGCAGGAACCACCGACAGCAUAAUGGAUCUGCUAGGCCUUGCAGCAGCCUCAUCAGCACCUAAUCAAACGCAUCAGACAAUCCCUUACACAUCGUUCGGAACAAUUGCAUCGAUACCUUCGAUCGACGUGUAUCAUAAAGACGACAUCUACAUCCGAUUCUUUAUUCAUCCCACCGUGGAAGAUCAGCAGCCAUCGUCCACUGCAACGGCCCGUAUCACCGUUCAAACAACCAACGGAUCGCAAGCGACGAUCGAAAAGUUCCUCUUUCAGGCAGCGGUUCCGAAAUCGUUUGUACUGACGCUACGUGAACCUUCGAGCACAGUGAUGCCACCGGGUGGAACGAUCAUGCAGGAUCUACUGAUCGCACGCCAAACACCACCCAGCCAAGGAGGACCGGGACUGCGCAUGAAGGUUAGGUUUUCGUACGAAGUCGAAAACUAUUCCAUGAUGGAGCAGAUCGAUGUGAACGAGUUUCCGAGCGGUUUUCUACGCUAGCGUAUGUA